ACGCGAGCCAGUCUUAUGCUGCUGGGAACAAAACAUCUAAAGAGUUUCCAGUUUAAUAUUGGCAUACCGAAAUAUGCCAACUCUUGCUAAAGUUUUGCGCGAGCUGAAGGUUGAGGAUGCACUGCUUUAUCUAGAUCAAGUCAAGAUGGCGUUUGGAGACAAGCCAGAAAUAUACAACGAAUUUUUAGACAUAAUGAAGAACUUCAAAGCACAAGAAAUCGACACGCCCGGCGUGAUUCAGCAAGUGUCACACCUGUUUCACGGCUACAGCAAGCUCAUACUUGGGUUUAAUACAUUUCUUCCAGAUGGCUACAAAAUUGAACUUCCUAUUGAAGGGGACAGCUCAGCAAUGACAGUGAUAACUCCCUCUGGGGUCUCGGCAUCUAUUGCGGGCGCUCCUCUUGCGCCGAGCAAGUUAGAGAAAACUCAUAAGAUUGGAGGUGCACCUUAUUUAUGCACUCCUCGUAUCAAACCUUACAGGCGGCGAUGUCAAAGUUACAGAGCUGCAUAUUUUCAACAGGUAACGACAAUUAAGAAACGUUUCGCACAUGAGCCAGAGACAUACAAAGCCUUCCUCGAGAUCCUGCACACGUAUCAAAAAGAGCAACGUUCAAUAAAGGAUGUUUUGGAGCAAGUCUCUCAGCUCUUUGCAGAUCACCCUGAUCUUCUCAAAGAAUUCACUUACUUUCUACCAGAUGCGGUCCAAGAACAAGCAAAGGUCAGUAAAACGAUAUCAAGACACAAAGAUUUCUAUCCGGCUGUCUCACAGGAGCGCCUUUCGCGCGCUGCGAGAGAGUCCGAGCUGCGCCGUGCAAGACACAGAGGGCUCAACACAAGCACCGACUAUCUCACUGACAGCGCCAAUAUUGGACAUCCGAGAUUAAGCAAAGGCCGGCGGUCUCUUAACAAUAUUCGAGACGACUGGGCUGAAUUUCUCAAGUGUCUUGAUUUAUACUCUCAGAAUCUUCUGCAUCGAUCCGAAAUGAUUCAACUUUCUGCUGCAUUAUUUCGAUCUCAUGGAUUAUCAGAGGAAGUUCUUGAUGCCUUCAAGAAGUUGCUUCAAUAUCAAGGCACCUCUUUUCUUUGGGCUUCGACACCACUCCACGAGAUUGACUUUUCACGUUGCAAGCAUGGCACUCCAUCAUAUCGUGCCUUGCCAACCUCUAUGUCCCACCCUAGAUGCGGUGGGCGCUCAGAUCUUGACCAGAAUGUGCUCAAUGAUGUGUGGGUUUCGCAGCCGGUGGGUUCCGAGGAAACGAACUCCUUCAAACAUGUGCGAAAGAAUGUCUAUGAAGAAGAGCUCUUCAAGUGCGAAGAUGAGCGCUUCGAGCUUGAUAUGAUCACGGACUCUAAUGCGGCCGCCAUUGCAUCUCUCGAGCUGAUCAAUACUGCGGUUCAACAAAGCCUCCGCUCAACAGUUAGUCCUCCUUGCAAAGAUGAAAAUAUCAUCAAUGAUUCUAUGAGUCUGGUCGGCUUUGCUAUUGAUUCUGUAGCGUUGUAUGCUACCCACCUAAAUGCCAUAUUGCGUGUCUAUGGCGAGCACGGGGCCGAGCUUCUGGAGCUCAUGUACAAAAGUCCACAAGCUGUCCUCCCAAUGGUCUUGAAACGCCUCAAACAGAAGGGCAUGGAGUGGUGCAAGAAGAAAGAGAGCAUAUCCGCUAGCUGGAAAGAGCAGCUGAGUCAAAAUAUUGUCCACGCGGCAGACCAUCGUUCUUUUCAUUCACAUCAAAAGGAGCAGAAGUCUGUUCUGCCACGCCAUCUAGUGCAGGACUUGAUUGAUGUCAAUAGCAGUCAGAUCGAACGAAACACUAUGCACUCAACUGAAUCAAGCAGUGAUAAUUCGGAAAUGCUCCUCCACUUGGGUCAUAACGCUAAUGCUAUACACCUCACGUUAUUUCACCUUAUCUAUGACGUGCUUGAACAGUCAUUAAUGUCGCGAGUCGACAAAAAUCGAGUUUUGAUAUUUUGGCGACACUUCUUUGCCCGAUUUCUCGAUAUAACAAGGGAAGAGAAUGUGAUUGAUUUUGCACUUGGUAGACGUGAAAUGCAGACCAUCGCUUCCGUUACGGAUGCAGCUAUUUGUUUGAAUUGCAGUGAUUCACGUAAAUCUUCAAACGAGGAAAACUUGAAUUCCAAUCCUUUGAUUCUGCUCGGCGAGCUAUCGCGAGCUGAGCUUCGUGUUGCAUGCGUUGAUGAUGAUGGACGUGCACGAAACUUUUCCUCGAAGGCUUCAGGUGGCAGACAGGGCGGACAGGACGUAGACACAGAGCAGUCCAGCACAAAUGGGUCACUGGUUAGUACGCAACACGUUUACAUAUUCUUUCGUCUAUAUCAUCAACUAUUUCAACGCUUUGAUGCGGCUCACGGCUUGUGUUUUCACGGUGAUUUUGUGCUUGCUUCCGGAACCCGAGUCAACGAUUGUAUGCUCCAGAACGAUAACCUAAAAACUCAGAAGAACCGAUUUGAAGCAUUUGUUUCCAUGGUCUAUGGCCUAGUAGAUGGCUCGCUGGAUGCCUUUCAGUAUGAGGAUGGUUGCCGAUGUAUGCUCGGCCGUAAAGCUUAUGAAGUCUUCUCGGUAGACAAACUGAUAGUGCGAGUCUUAAAGCAGCUUCAGCUUGUUGUGAAUGACGUCACGAGUUGCAAGCUACUUGCUCUGUGGCAGCUUGGUGAAGAACAGAGAUCUGCCCCCAACCUGAUCAAAACUGCACCUAUGACUUCGCCACAUGAUUCUCCUGCGACAGCCAACUCUAACUCGCCAACAGGGCAAAUCCUGUCAUCAUGUCCCGAAGCUAGUGCUAGACGCCUUCUCAAAAGCUGUAGUACGGUACACUCUCCGCUCUAUACCAUUCGAUACACGCCACGAGACUGUGAGACUGCGAAGGGACGACAUGCGUUCAUUAUCAAGCUGUCACAAGGGGCGGAUGAUAAUGAAUUUUCACAUUAACAGGGGUUGAAUGACAAAGCCAACGAAGGUGGUCCAAAACGCCAGGGCACCUUCACACGAGCUCGAUAGAAAAUCUAUUGUGGACGCGGGGAAUCUCGAUUAUCAUGACCGAGUCCAUGUGGCCGGCUUGUUUUUGUUACUCUUAAUUGGCUUAACUGGCUUAAAUGCAGAAAAUGGUCCCGAAUCCUGCCAGGGCUAUGAGGUGUACGUGAAGUAAUUGCACCCCCCCCCCCCCCCCACACACACACACACCACCCGUUUUUGGCUCGCUGCCACCACCUGCCAAGCCCUUGGUCACGGGUCCAUGGCAGGCCCGCGGUGCUCAUGCGCGGCGCUAGUGGACGCGGGGUUAUUGGAAACUUCUGUCCCGGGAGCCUGUUCGGGGCCUCAGGGGGAGCACGAGUCGAACGGGAAAUUCGACGCGUUCUAGUUUUGGGCCCGCCCGGGCCCCCGGCGCCGGAAUAAAGCCCCCAGCCGCCGGCCCAAAAUUCCCGGGGGCGUUUCGGGUUCCCUCGGGCCCCGCCCGAAGCAAGGUUCUUAGAGAGUUUUCUCUAGUUAGAGGAAUAUGAGAGUAUCCCUAGUUCCCAGGGGGAGCACGGCCGCGUAGCGGCCGUACCACGUACGUCGGUGAAGGGUCUGUUUUCGGAGCCCCGGAGGUGGGAGGCGCGUCCGCAGGAGCUUUUUGUCAAGGUAUACUUCUCUUACU